GGAGAUUACGAGAGUGAUGAUACAUCAGAUGGUAGAGCCUCGUACGCUCGUGGCUUUGUGGCACCAGCAUUCGCGAAAAGACUUCGUUCUUCACAGUCAUAUAUCAAGAAUCCUUUGAAACAGCUGUUGGAAGUGCCACGUUACAUAUAG